CUCCCUAAGGCCGGGCCCGAAGACACAGGAUCUUUACGCUUCAUUUGACCCUCAUCUCUGUACCAGAUCUACUUCCCAACUUUGACCCAAAUCCAACCAAAAUCACAUCGACUAAACCAUUCACUAGACCACACCACACCACACUAGUAGUGUCAUCACCUCCAUUAAACUCUGUUUCCUCCGGAUUCUGUGGAUCCAACUCAUGGGAUUGGGCGAACAAGAAAAAGAAAACAACCAACCCCUGUUAAUCUCAGCACCAUACCAAGAAGAACAAGAAGAAGAUCUCUACAACCAGCAACAAGAAUCAAACACUGGGAAUUUGAUCAGACGGACAUGGGUAGAGUCAAAGAAGAUGUGGCACAUUGCUGGACCCUGCAUUUUCACCCGCCUCGCCAUGUUCUCCCUCACCGUCAUCACUCAAGCAUUCGCCGGUCACCUCAGCGAUCACGACCUCGCCGCCAUCUCUAUUGUCACCACCGUCAUCAUCGGCAUCACCUUCGGCUUCUUGCUGGGCAUGGCAAGCGCGCUUGAAACACUUUGUGGCCAAGCUUAUGGCGCAAAACAGUACCAUAGGUUGGGCAUAUACAUGCAACGCUCUUGGGUUGUGCUUUUCCUUAGUUCAAUUUUGUUAUUGCCUCUUUUUGUGUUUGCUACACCUAUACUUAAGCUCACCGGACAAUCAGCAGCGGUGGCAGAGCUGGCGGGUGUGGUGGCGUUGUGGUUGAUUCCGAUGCAUUUGAGCUUUGCAUUUCAGUUUACAUUGGUGAGGUUUUUGCAGUGCCAACUCAAGACGGCGGUGGUUGCUUGGGUGUCUGGUUUGGCACUUGCACUGCAUGUGUUUGUUAGUUGGUUGUUUGUGUAUAAGUUGAGAGUUGGCAUUGUUGGCACUGCAAUUACUCUUGAUUUCUCUUGGUGGGUUUCAGUUUUGGGACUGUUUUGCUACGUGGGUUGUGGUGGGUGUCCUCAGUCUUGGACUGGUUUUUCCGAACAAGCUUUUGUUGGGCUUUGGGAUUUCUUCAAACUGUCUGUGGCUUCUGGGGUCAUGCUCUCGUAUGUGCUCUCUAUAUCUCUCAAUGAUUUUGAUUUUGAAUUUGAAUUUGAAAUCUACUUGUUAUUUUUCAGGUUGGAGAAUUUUUAUUAUAGAGUGUUGAUUAUAAUCUCAGGGAAUAUGAAUAAUGCUGAAGUUGCUCUUGAUGCCCUGUCCAUCUGCAUUACGAUCUACGCCUGGGAAUCCAUGAUUCCCCUUGGAUUUUUCGCAGCAACUGGACCUUUAUCAAUCAGGAGAAAAGAACCCAGAUGGCAUUUGAUGUGGAUCAUCUUCUCAACUAUUUUGGUACGUGUAGCUAACGAACUUGGAGCAGGCAAUGCGGAAGGUGCCAAGUUUGCUACUAUCGUCUCAGUUUUCACUUCCCUAGUCGUGGGUCUUUUCUUUUGGUUUCUGAUCGUAGACUUCCCUGAUAAGCUUGCAAUGAUCUUUACUUCGAACACUUCUGUAAUUACAAUGGUCAAUGAACUAGCAUUAUUGCUGGCAUUUACCGUUCUUUUCAACUGCAUUCAACCAGUACUCUCAGGUGUGGCAGUCGGAUCUGGUUGGCAAGCAUUGGUGGCAUUUAUAAACAUAGGCAGCUACUAUAUUGUUGGAGUCCCUCUUGGGGUUAUCUUGGGCUGCUUGCUCGAUUUUGGCAUUAAGGGUAUCUGGGCUGGAAUGAUCAGUGGGACUGUGGUUCAAACAUUGAUAUUAGCAAUCAUCACAGUCAGAUGCAAAUGGGAAAAAGAGGUGCAAAUAGCUCGCAUUCAUAUGACCAGUCAGGCAGCAACCGAAGGAUGACCACUAUAUGGAAAAUGCGUAGUUGGAAUUCUUCUACUCAAAAAAAUCUGAUGUCUGUAUGAAUCACAACAUUCAUUAUUAAUUUAAUUCAUGGUUGGUAAGGGAAGUAUUAAGUGACUUAUUUCUUGUCAUUCUUGUUUUUGAUCAUUUGAGCUAUGGAUUGAAAUGGGCUUGGUGUUAUAUUGUCAUCAAUCCAAAUUUUGGAAAAUUUUGUAAAUCUCCUUUACUAGAGCAUUGUUUUUCUAGUAAAA